CUCGACCUGUGACCUGUGUCGAAGUCUUCUGGAACAUUUGGCUGCGAAGAGACGGCUUGUUUGCAAUGGCAAAGCAGUAUGCGGUGGUGAAUUUCACCGAGGAGGACCAUGUGUCCGCUGUGCCAAUUUCUUGGUUGGUGGUUGACAAGUGGAGUUGCCUGUGGCCAAAAGAUUUCGCCGGAUCCCGCCUCCUGGAUGCAAUUAGGGACAAGAUUGAUCCUGGCGCAAACUGGGGUCGAUACCCGGUUAGGGUACUGACACGAUGCAAAACCUACAAGAAGGCCCUCAAGAAAUCUCGGCUAGCCGAAGAAACAUCAACACUUGAAACGUCGGAGUUUUCAGCCCCGGAGGCCGAAACUCCUGAGGAUGUCUUCACAACCUAUGACGAUGCGCCAUCGCACCGUCUGGCCUUGCCCUCUCCACGUAAGUUGAAUAAAUAUUGGUAAUGUAGGCA